CACCUUAUUUUUGCGGUGGCUCAGUCUCAGAUUCCUCUGGGGUGCURCAGAGUCCCAACUACCCUGGAGAUUAUCCAAAUGACGCUGACUGCGUGUGGGAAAUACAAGUAGAGAACAAUUUCCGUGUAACGCUCACAUUUAGAGAUAUUGCGAUGCAAAGUGGCACRUGCCAGCAGGACUACGUUGAAGUCUAUGAUGGGCCUCUCCACUCCUCCCCACUUCUCGGGAGGUUCUGCUCCGGUUCCUUUCCCACAUACGUGUCCUCUUCAAACAUGAUGAGUGUUCGCUUCCACAGCGAUUCCAGAUACUCCUUCAGAGGGUUCCAGGCUCACUACUCCUCCAUUCCAGCAGGUCACAACACCACCAUUGUKUGCUUGUCAGACUACAUGCACGUAGUGGUAAGCAGGGACUACCUCCAGUCUCAAGGCUACUCAGCACAGGGGRUCACCCUGAACGACAAUCGCUGCAGACCCAUGGUCACAUCACAGGAGGUUGUGUUCAACAUCCCCUACAACGGCUGUGGGACCAUACAAGAGGAGAACAACGAUACAAUCAACUACUCCAACACAAUCAGGGUCGCGUCUUCCGGGUACAUAAUCAAGAGGAAAAAGAAUAUCAACUUACACAUCAGCUGCAAAAUGCUGAGGCAGGCUUGGCAGCAGGUGAUGUACGCUGCAGAGGACACUGUGGACGUCAACGAGUACCAGUUUGGAAAAUACAGCAUGAACAUCACUUUCUAUGAUUCCCCGGCGUUCCAGCAGCAAGUGCGCAGCUCUCCCUACUACAUYGACCUCAACCAAAAUCUGUACCUGCAGGCUUGUCUCCACAGCUCAGAUCCCAAUCUGAAGGUGGCUGUGGACACCUGUGUGGCAUCACCUGACCCUCGUGAUUUCAACACUCUGGCCUAUUACUUAGUCAGGAAUGGGUGUCCUAGAGAUCCUUCCUACGCCACGUUCUACUCCCCUUCGAGCCACUUUGCUCGGUUCAAGUUCAACGCCUUCGAGUUCAUGAGCCGGCACGCGUCGGUGUACCUCAAGUGCCGGCUGAUGGUGUGCAGGCUGGGCGAUUUCUCCUCGCGCUGCUACCGGGGCUGCAGCUCCAGGGUCAAGAGAGACGCCAGCGCUGCCGAGGAAAGCGUGGACGUGCUGCUGGGACCCCUGCAGCUCCGACAAGAGGGUGCUCCGGAUGGGACCGCCAGGAAAUGAUGCUUUAGGAUUUUUAGUUUCUCUAUUUUCAUGCAUCUGUAUUCUCGUACUUCCCUAGUACAGCACUAAAACUACCGUUCUUUCAUCUUUAGAAAAAACAAU